GACAGUGCGCACAUUUUCAAACUCAACUUUUGAAUCUAGCCAGAAAGCUAACGUUAUUCAUCGAGUGAAAGGUAUUUAGUUAGCCUCCGGGGAAAGGGACUUAUUUUUUAAAUAUAUACAAUGGCAGAGGAAUCUGCUGUCAAAGUCUGUGUACGGGUUCGACCUCUGAUAGAAAGGGAGGAAACUGCUGCAGAAAGCGCUGAGUCAGUCAAGUUUUAUUGGAAAACGGAUAAGAAGACAAUUCAUCAGGUCGACGAUGGAAAUCUUACCAAGAACUUCAGCUUUGACCGUGUAUUUAGUGCUGAAGAAACAACUCUGCAGCUGUACCAGGAACUUGCAAAGCCUCUUGUUGUCUCCGCUGUUGAAGGUUAUAAUGGAACAAUAUUUGCUUAUGGACAAACUUCAUCUGGAAAGACUUUCACUAUGAUGGGGAGUUCUCUUACUCCAGGAGUUAUACCCCUUGCCAUGGAGGAUGUCUUCCAUACGAUAAAAAAUUGUCCAAAAAAGGAGUUCCUCCUGAGGGUGUCAUACUUGGAGAUCUACAAUGAAACAGUGACAGAUUUGCUCUGUGACAGUUGGAAAAGGAAACCUCUAGAGAUCCGAGAGGGAAACAAUAAAAAUGUCUAUGUAGCUGACCUAACUGAGGAACUGGUGACAUCUCCCGAGCAAGCCCUUGCGUGGAUUAGAAAAGGAGAAAAGAAUCGCCAUUAUGGAAAGACAAAAAUGAACCAGCGAAGCAGUCGUUCGCACACAAUUUUCCGCAUGAUCUUGGAGAGUCGUGACAGGGGUGACUCUGCAUCUGGUGAAAAUUCAGACUGCGCCAUUAUUGUGUCCCAUUUGAAUUUGGUUGACCUGGCUGGGACUGAGCGCGCAAGUCAAACAGGUGCUGAAGGUACACGUUUCAAAGAAGGAUGUAAUAUAAAUCGCAGCCUGUUCACCCUCGGUCAAGUGAUCAAGAAACUGUCUGAUGAAACCCAGAAGGGUUUCACUAACUACAGGGACAGUAAACUCACCCGCAUUCUCCAAAAUUCCUUGGGUGGAAAUGCAAAAACUGUCAUCAUCUGCACCAUCACCCCAGUUACUCUGGAAGAAACACUUAGCACUCUCCAAUUUGCUAGUGCAGCAAAGAACAUGAAGAAUGACCCGCAUGUCACAGAGGUUUCUGAUGACGGAGCCCUUUUGAGAAGAUACAGAAAUGAAAUUGUAGAACUCAAGCGCAGACUUCUUGAGGUCUCAUCAGUCACUCAAACAACUGCGACAGCGAAGGAGACUCUGUCCCAGAUUUCGCAAGAGAAGGAUCAGCUCCAAAGAGAACAAGAGGACCGGUAUAAGAAUUUAACCAAACUUCUAGUCACUUCGGCAAACUUUACCAUCAAAAAGAUGCCGAAACGCAGGGUUACGUGGGGUGGAAAACUGCCAUCACCAGCCUUCCACCAUGCUGGAGAGUCGGAUCUAAGCUUUGCUGAGCCUUUUCUCAAAAAGAGAAAAGCUGAUAUGUCUGUCUUGACAGAGCAGAAUGAAGAUGGCGAGGAGUUCGAUUCUACCUUUGACAUGGAGAUGAACCAGAGCAAUCUGACCGUGCGUGGUUUUGCAGAAAGUGAAUUUUUAUCUCCAAACCAACUGAACAAAUUGUCUGAGAAGGUGUCCUGUCUGGAGCUCCAGCUGGAAAAUGAGACUCAGCAGAAGCAGGAGGCCAUGGAGGAAGUGGAGACAUUUCAGAGGCGGGUUGUGGAACUGGAGAAGCAGCUAGAAGAAAAGUCACUAAUGCCUGCUGAUGCACAGUUGGACAAUGAGACUCAGCAGAACCAGGAAGCCAUGGAGAAGGUGGCUACUUUCGAGAUGAGGGUUGCUGAACUGGAGAAGCAGCUAGAAAAUUCUCAAAUGCCUGCUGAUGCACAGGAGCAGAUGAAAAAGGGAUUUGAAGAGACCAUUCAACUCUGUGAGACGUUGGUGUCUGAGAAGGAAAUGGUUGCUACUGAGCGUGAUUAUCUCAAGAAGGAGCUCAACAUCCUAAUGGAACAGACUGAAAAGUUGAAAAAAGAAAAGGCUGUACUUCUUCAGGAGAUGGAGGAGAAGAAAGAGAUGGAUGAAUUCAAGUCUUUGGAAGAAGAGAGCAAAAGAGAAUAUGAGAAAGAACUACUGAGUGACAUUUCCUCCUUAAAGAAGGCCAUGGAGGCCUCGGGACGCAAAUCUCAAGAGCUUGAGGCUAAUCUGGUGGCAAUGUCCGAGGAGCUGAAAAAGAAAGGCGACUGGGCAGAGGAACUACAAAGAUCGAGUGACGUUGACUUGGUCCAACAAGUGAAGCAGCUGCGGCGCUCUCUGGAUGAUGCUGAGGGGUUGAGCCGUGACACUAAGAAGGAGUGGGCCCACCUGCGCAGUGAAAAUAUAUCGCUCAAAGAGAGGGCUGUCACACUAACUGCUGGCUAUGAGAGGAUGGAAGCUCAGGUGAAUGGCCUUCGACAUCAGUUGGAGGCAGAAAAAUCAAGCUUCAAAAAGAUGCAGGUUGACCUUCAGAGGGAGUUACAGGGAGCCUUUGAGGAGAACACCAAGCUUACUACUCUUCUGGAUGGAAAAGUUCCCAAAAAUCUUAUAGACAGCAUUGAACUUGAGAAAACAGUUGCUGACCUGAAGAAAGAGCUGGAGAAGUCUCAUGAAGAUGAGCGAACCCUACAAGCUAAGAUCGAGGAUUUGAGUGCACUGCAGGAUCUUCCAGAUAAAGUCAACAGUUUUAUGAAGCAGGUAUGUGAUCUCACGGAGGACCUCUGUGCAGUCCAAAAAGAGCGAGACAUGCUGGUGUCUGCUAAGGCCUGCAGUGAGGAGGAAGCUCAUCAAUUCAGAGAACAUGUCCAGAGCUCCCAGGAGCAGCUAGUCAAACUUCAAGGUGAUCUGAGCAAAGCAGAGUUGAGGGAAAACGACCUAACCCAGCAGUGCACCGACAUCACUGAGCAACUGGAGACUCUCCGUAAGGACUUGGCGCGCUCCUCUCUGGAGAACAGUCAGCUUCUGACUACUGUGGAAGAGUCCAGCUUGAGACUGAAGGAGAAUGAACAGUAUCGCUCAUCAAUUGAAGAUCAAUUGUGUGGAAUGCAACAAGUCAUGAAAGAGUUGGAGGAGAAGCUUGCUGACAGUGAAUCAUCCAAGGAAAAAUAUGACAAUUUAUCCCAGGAACACCAAGAUCAGAUAAGGCAGCUGAGUGAGGAGGUGAUACAGGUCCAGGCAGAACUAAAACGGCAACAGCAUCUGAACUCAGAACAGCAGUCAUGUGCCCAACAAGAUGAUCAACAUCAGCUACAAAUACAGGAACUACGAGCUGCAUUGGAGACCAUGACAGAGGAAAGGAGCCAGUUGAACAGUGACUUGAAGCAAAAUAUGGAAAUGACUGCAGAGACUCAGGGACUUCUCCAUUCCAUCCAAGAGGAGCUCGGACAACAGAAACAAGUGAACUCUGAACUUGAGAGCCAAAGUUUACUGAAGGAGUCUCUUCUAGAACAGCAGAUGAGGCAGCUGAGUGAUGCACUUGAGUCUGGGCAAGCUGAGAGAGAGCGUCUCCUGUUUGAGAAUACAGACAGCUCUCAGAAUCAUGCAGAGGAGUUGGAGAAGCUGCGCUCUACUGUGACCUCACUGACUGACGAGAGAGACCAGUUCCAGGAGAUACUGGAGGGAAUCCGGGAGGAGAGGAACCAGCUCAAGAGAGACCUGGAGGAGAAUGUGGACAUGAUGAUUGAAAAUCAGGAGGAACUACGGGUGGCACUUGAAAAGAUAUACCAUCAAGAGGAAAAUAUGAAACCUACGGAGACUGCAAAUCUAGAGGAGCUGCAAAGUCAGAUGAAGCAGCUGAAUGAGGAGCUUGAGUCUGUGCGAACUGAGAGAGAGCAUCUCCUGUUUGAGAAGACCAAUAGCCUUCCGAAUCAUGCAGAGGAGUUGGAGAAGCUGCUCUCUACUGUGACCUCACUGACUGGAGAGAGAGACCAGCUCCAGGAGAUACUGGAGGGAGUCAGAGAGGAUAGGAACCAGCUCAAGAGAGACCUGGAGGACAAUGUAGAGAUGCAACAUCUGAACUCAGCACACCAGCCCCAUAGAGAACAUCAGGAGACUGACCUACGUUUGCAGAUGCAACUAGAGGCAGUGAAGGAGUUAGAGGAGCGACUGGAAGCUGUUAAAGAGGAGCGGAGCCAGCUGAAGACUGACCUUCAGGACAAUGUAGACAUGUUGAUUGAGAAUCAAGAGGAACUAAGGGAGGCUCAAGAGAAGAUCAAAUCGCUACAGGGGAAAAUCCAACGACUUCAGACUCAGAAUGCAGAUGUUGAGACAAGAUUGAACAACAUAAAUGUUCCAGAGAAUACGUCCUGUCUAGGAGAGCUGCAAAACCAGAUAAGGCAGCUGAAUGAGGAGCUAAAGUCUGUACGAGCUGAGAGCGAGCGUCUCCUGUCUGAGACGACAGAUGGCUCUCAGAAUCAUGCAGGGGAGUUGGAGAAGCUGCUCUCUACUGUGACCUCACUGACUGAAGAGAGAGACCAGCUCCAGGAGAUACUGGAGGGAAUCCGAGAGGAGAGGAACCAGCUCAAGAGAGACCUGGAGGACAAAGUGGAGAUGAUCAUACAAGUACAUACAGAACCUAAACAUCAGCAACAUCUGUACUCAGAGCAACCGACUGAGAGGGAACAUCAAGAAGCUCAACUUCAGCAGCAACUAGGAGAGGAACUGGAAACCAUGACACAGGAGCGGUGUCAGUUGAAGGGUGACCUGCAGGAACAUCUGGAGAUGGCUGCAGAGACUCAGGGACUUCUCCAUUCCAUCCAAGAGGAGCUCAGACAACAGAGACAAGUGAACUCUGACCUUGAGAGCCAAAGUUUACAGAAGGAGUCUCUUCUAGAACAGCAGGCUAAGCAGCUGAAUGAGGAGCUUGAGUCUGUGCGAGCUGAGAGAGAGAGUCUCCUGUCUGAGAAGACAGACAGCUCUCAGAAUCAUGCAGAGGAGUUGGAGAAGCUGCGCUCUACUGUGACCUCACUGACUGGAGAGAGAGACCAGCUCCAGGAGAUACUGGAGGGAAUCCGAGAGGAGAGGAACCAGCUCAAGAGAGACCUGGAGGACAAAGUGAAGAUGGUUGAAAACCAGGAGGAACUACGGGAGGCACUUGAAAAUAUGAAACCUAUGGCGACUGCAAAUCUAGAGGAGCUGCAAAGUCAGAUGAAGCAGCUGAAUGAGGAGCUUGAGUCUGUGCGAGCAGAGAGAGAGCGUCUCCUGUCUGAGAAGACAGACAGCUCUCAGAAUCAUGCAGAGGAGUUGGAGAAGCUGCUCUCUACUGUGACCUCACUGACUGGAGAGAGCGACCAGCUCCAGGAGAUACUGGAGGGAGUCCGAGAGGAGAGGAACCAGCUCAAGAGAGACCUGGAGGACAAUGUGGAGAUGUCCAUCAAAGUCCAGGAGGAGUUGAAACAGCAGCAGCAUCUGAACUCAGAGCAACAGACUGAGAGGGAACAUCAAGAAGCUCAACUUAAGCAACAACUACAGCAGCUAGGAGAGGAACUGGAAACCAUGACACAGGAGCGGUGUCAGUUGAAGGGUGACCUGCAGGAACAUCUGGAGAUGGCUGCAGAGACUCAGGGACUUCUCCAUUCCAUCCAAGAGGAGCUCAGACAACAGAAACAAGUGAACUCUGACCUUGAGAGCCAAAGUUUACAGAAGGAGUCUCUUCUAGAACAGCAGGCUAAGCAGCUGAAUGAGGAGCUUGAGUCUGUGCGAGCUGAGAGAGAGAGUCUCCUGUCUGAGAAGACAGACAGCUCUCAGAAUCAUGCAGAGGAGUUGGAGAAGCUGUGCUCUACUGUGACCUCACUGACUGGAGAGAGAGACCAGCUCCAGGAAAUACUGGAGGGAAUCCGAGAGGAGAGGAACCAGCUCAAGAGAGACCUGGAGGACAAAGUGGAGAUGAUGCAGCAGCUAGAGGAAGAAGGCACACACAUGAGAGAUGAGAGGGCCCAGAUUCAGGGAGACCUGCAGGAAAAUAUGGAGAUGGUCAUACAAGUACAGAGGACAUUAGAACAGCAGCAACGUCUGAACUCUCAACAGCAGGCUGAGCGCGAACAACACGAGGACAAACUUAAACAACAAAUGAAGCAGCUGGAGGAGGAAUGUAAAGGUUUCAAAGAAGGACAGUUUCACUUCAAAGUCGAAGCAGACACCUCACACAAGAUGCUUAGUGACGCGAACGCAACCAUCUCCAUAUUGACAGAGCAGAUCAAUAACCUGGAGCAGAGCACCAGCUGUUGUACCACCAGGGCAGGAGAGGGACUGUGUUCCAGACUGGAAGGUUCAAUGCAGAAGCUCCAGGUGUCACUGGUGAGGCUCCAGCUUGUUAUCAAUGGUGCUUCUAAGCCUGGACAUGGGCACUUGGUUGAUGUCACACAAGUUGAAGAAGUCAUGAUACUGAAACUGUUGCCCCUUCUUCCAAAGCCCACACAAAAGAUGUAUAGCAAUAUCAAUAGAUCUACUGUCCAGAUCACUAACACAGUGUGGGAUACAAAGGUGCUGCUGAAGCUGUGUGCCAAGGAUUACAAAACCCACAUUGAAGCCCUGGUUCAGAAUGACUUGGCUGUAUUUGAGGAGAGGAGACUCCAGGACCUGCUCCUCCUUAGAGCCCAGGCACCCAGUCACUCAGUCAAGGUGGUUGAGAAUGACCUCCUUGGAGUCUGGGACGAGAGACUGUCAGAGCUGUUGGACAGGAGAGAAGGUUACCUCCAGAAAAUGAACAGUGUUUUGAAGAAGCUUGAGGAGAGCCUGGCCGCUCACCCAGCAGCAGUGUCAGAGGAGCUGAGGGUGCGAGAGAGGAGCAACAAGGAGCUGAAUGCUCUAUGCAUGGUCCACUCACCGGACUCAGCAGCAGUGGAGAAUUUCCUGGAGCGAGAGCUGGCCCGGCGCUCUGCUUUGGCACAGGCCAACACACUGGCUCUCCAGGGAUUGCGAGAUGAGCGCUGUGGUUUGCUCAAAGAGCUAGGCGUGGUCCGAGCACAGGCUGACAGUCAGCUGAAAGAAGAGAGGAGUAAGACCUCUACUCUACUGCAGAUACUGGAGCGAGCCUCCGUCAAGACUGAAGCUGACCUGCUGAGUGACAACCAGCAACUUAUCCUGAAACGUCAGCAGUUGGAUGGAGAAAUCAAGGAAAUGCAGAUGAGAGUUGAUCAGCUGGAAGAGGACCAGAUCAAAGCUGCUAAUAGUGUCUCAAACCACAAACGAGCCACCCAGCUACUACAAACUGAGCUUCAGGAUGCUUGUGCACAAGUCAAGGACAGGGAGGGCUCCAUUCAAGUCCUAAAAGAGAAACUCCGAGAGACGGAAGUUCUGGCUAAGAGAAGAGCAUCACCUAGUGCUCUUCAGCAUGAAGAGCUGAAUGCUAAAGUUUUGAAAAUGGAGUUGGAGAUGACUGCAUCGUCCUCUAAACACCAAGAAGAGUUACUGAGGAUGACGACGGUCCUGAACCACAAGGAGGACGCUCUGAGGACGCUGAAGGAGACUCUGAGAAGAUCACAACAGGAGGGAGAACAGUCAUUCAAUGAGGGACAGGAUCUGCAUGCCAGACUGAUAACCGCCAGAGGACGCACAGUCCAAAGCAACAUUCUCCUUGAAAAGAACAAACUUGAGGAGGAACUGAAAAGGCUACAGAGCAAAAUUUCAGAAUUGGAGAGCCUUGUGUCCACUCAGCAAGGAGAGAUCACAAAGUGGAAGGCUAGAGCAAUUAAGCUGAAGGAGAAGAAGAGGGACGUAGUAGACAAGCCUCUGUCUCCAUGUACUCCUACAAAACACCGCCUUCCCAUGAAUUCUGAGCAGUUCCUCAACUCUCCCAAGAGGUUCCUCAACUCUCCCAAGAAGUUAAUUGACUCUCCCAAGAAGUUCCUCGACUCUCCCAAGAGCAAGUUCUUCGAUGUCCGUUCAGGCUCUGAAUCCAUGUCUAUCAACUGUCCCAAGCUGUUUUUUGAUAACUCCAACCUUGGAACCAUUCAAGAGGUUGCAGGUAUUCCCAUAUCAGAAAUUGAGGCUGCUGGAUGUGCAGAAGAGGAUGCAAGCGCAAGUGUGGAUAAAAAGGACGAAUUUUGGCCUCUGUCACCAAAGCAAUCUGAUGUAUGCAAACAACAGUAAAUGUUUUAACUAAUUGUACUAAUCAUUGUCUAUUUACCAACGUUGGAAAUAUUUUCAAUGUUUUCAAUUGUAUUUGUCAGUCAAUUUUAGCUUUGAUCCAUUUGAUUACAUGUUUUAUUGUUUAGAAUAAAGACCUGUUUCUUGAAUAAGACUCAACUCAA